AUGUCUAACACAAAGAGUACCCGACCGACCACCAUCCCCAAAGUACCCGAUGAUAAAGAGAAGAGCGUCGAGAGAUUCAUCGAUCCCGUCAGAAGCCGCAUCCUGAAUGAAUUGCGUGUCAAUUUCCAAGGCCAUUCCAAGGAAUUCCUCUUAAAGACUGCGAAAAAUUUCGCUUUUCUCUCACGUCAAUAUGCAGGCUCGAAUCUUCAGUCAACAUCAGUCUCAGUUCCAUUGGUUGAUACAUAUGCCGACGGAGAUAUAAUAGGACAUAGAAUGGCACUGGUUAUACAUGAAAAACCGGGAAAAAUGAGGGUCCUAUUGCAGCAUAGCAGCCCAGCCGACCACAUGUCGUGCUUACUAGCAGCUAUGGCACAGUCUGCUGAGAAGGUCGUUGCGCAGAUCCUUGAAGGGGAGAAAGGGAGAGUUGUGUUCGGCAUGCUGGAUACGAAGAUUUGUUAG